AUGGUGGUUAUGGUGCCUGCAGCCCCGGCUGCGGUAGUCCACAAGCCUUCCCCAGCCAAGUGCAAACAUGUGGCUGUUGAAGUUACCCACUAUCACCACCACCACCAUUUCGACCUCAACCUCGACAUCAGCGCCAUCCCCCGGUCUCUCGCUAGAGAUUCUCCCCUACUAGCAUUAGCGCAGAGGGCUAACUCUCAGAAAUUCCCUUCCCCGGAUCGGGUCCCGGAAAAUGCUGCUGUUCCUUCAGAAGUACCUUGGCUAUCAUACAUGAGUACCCCGAACCAACAAUCCCGUCGUCCAUCCUCAUCCGGUGGAGCUAGUGGUAGCUAUCUAGCCCCUCCGGAUGCUGCAAAUAACGACCCCAAUCCGCCCACUGUCGCACCUUUCUCAAAAUCGCCCUCGCCGUCCGAACGAGCAUCGUACCAUCAAGUCUUCCAGAAAUCGCCCUUGCUGGUCAGCACCCCACCACAAGUUACAAAAGCGCUUUCGCAGGUUUAUCCAUAUGCCAAAUUUGCGAAUCAAUUCGCGGGACUGUUAACCUGGACGACAGAAGAUCCUUGGGAGAGCUUUCUGUUGGUAGCCGCGUUCUGGGCUGUUACGCUUUAUGGCGACCUUGUGAUAAAAUGGUUUGGAAACAUUCUUAUAGUGCUGGUUCUGGCACUGGGCAUGUUCGCCCGUAAUCAGACUCGAAAGGACGAACACCCUUCUCUCGACGAUAUCCUGGAUACCCUUCAACUGCUAUCUGCUCGCCUCGCGGUCCUCACAGAUCCUUUCUCAAGCCUUGCCGCUUUCUUAUCCGUUGGCCAAUCUCCCACAACUGCCACUAUGGGGCCUACUCUAAUCACCCUCUUCAUCCGAAUCCUCUUCGUCUCUCCGAUCUGGAUAACUCUUUGUUCUUCACCGUUCCGUAUAAUUACCCCACGUAGAGUCGUCAUGUUUGUAGGAACAACAUUCCUAUCGUGGCACUCCCGUCCAGCCCGUGUGACCCGUACAAUCCUCUGGCGCUCAGCAAUGAUCCGUGACAUCUGCGAAAGAAUCACAGGUCUUAACUUAACACCGCAGGAGGCUCCAGAGCCGCCACCUCUGCCACCAAGGGCUAAUGCUCUGAGCAGAAAGGGAUCUGACGAUAAAUCAGGUGCUCAUAAGCGAACACCUUCAUCAGUCGUAGCAUCACAUUUUAUGAAUAAAUCGUCUCCAUUGGGUAAUCUGAAUCAAAACCGUGGAACUGCACCAGGUGUUAGGUUUACCUUCUCUAUAUAUGAGAAUCAGAGACGAUGGUUAGGGGUCGGGUGGACUUCGAGUUUGUUUGCAUAUGAGAGGCCGGCGUGGACGGAUGAGCAUUUGAGUGCCUGCCCGCCAGUGGAAGACUUUUACUUACCUGAAGCGAAGAAUGGGAUGAAGUGGCGGUGGGUGGAGUCACAGAAAUGGCAGGUUGAAGGUGAAGAGGAUGGGAAGAAGGCAGGGAACGGAUGGGUCUAUUAUGAUAAUAAGUGGAGGAAUGGAAAGAGGGGAGUAGAUAGUUGGAGUGCGUAUACGAGACGAAGAAGGUGGUAUCGUAACGCAGAGCUGGUCGAAGAUGACGCAGAAGAUGAUGACACGGGCACGGAAAGCAUCGCUACAACGAAUAACACUUCUGCGACAAAUGAGACUACAAUCACGGAGACUGAAGAGGCUCCGAGUAAGUAG